AUGUCUCGAAGAGCUCUUUUGAGCGUUCCACGCGCAAUCACCACCUCGGUCCAAACCUCGGUCCGACUUUCUCUCGCCUCACAAGCUGCAUCGCUAUUCCACAGACCAGCCGUUACACAAUCAUCGCAGAGACGUCCAUACCAUGAGAAAGUGCUUGACCACUACUCUAAUCCCCGAAAUGUCGGCUCUAUGGACAAGACUGCCGUCGACGUAGGCACAGGUCUUGUCGGUGCCCCCGCUUGUGGCGAUGUGAUGAAACUACAAAUCAAAGUCGACCCAGAGACCGAGACCAUCUCGGACGUAAAAUUCAAGACCUUUGGCUGCGGCUCGGCCAUUGCCUCGUCCUCCUACCUGACCGAACUUGUCCGGGGCAUGACUCUCGAACAAGCUGGCAAGAUUCGAAAUACAGAGAUCGCAAAAGAAUUGUGUUUGCCCCCGGUCAAGUUACACUGCUCAAUGUUAGCAGAGGACGCGAUCAAGUCGGCCAUAUCAAAUUAUCGAAGCAAGCACAAGGGCAGAGCUACGGACUUGGGUGGUACGGCAAUGCCCAAGAUUGAAAUUGAAAAGGUCACUGCGACGACCAAUACGGGAGCUAGUGCCACGGCAUAA